AUGUCUCAACGAUAAUGAUAAUGCUAUAUUAUCUGAAAUAGUAAAGUCUCCAAUUAAAUCUGAUAAUGAGGAUGAAAACGAUGAUGGUGAAAAAAGUUCCAAUUUUAAAUAUGAUAUUGCC